AGUAUAAGGUACUUACUCACACAAGAAAAGUCAUAUCUAGCAACUCCAAACACAAACCGACAUCCGGUGAGAAAAACAGAGGAAAAAUGGAUUCAGUCUUAAAUUACCUAAACCCCACCGCCAUAAUCGGAAUCCUUUCUCUAAUAAUAGUCUUGCUCUAUAUACUUCUCUUUCGUCCCUUCAAACCUGGUGGUAACCUCAAAGAACCUCCCAUGGCAGCUGGUGCGUGGCCUAUACUGGGUCACCUUCCAUUGUUGCGCGGUUCACAGCCACUCCACACGACUUUAGGCACCAUGGCUGAUAAAUAUGGACCUCUUUUCACCAUCAAGUUCGGCGCUACAAAGGCCAUAGUACUCAGCAACUGGGAAAUGGCCAAAGAGUGUUUCACCAUAAACGACAUGGCCGUUUCGUCUCGCCCCAAAACCGUUGCAAUUGAGAACCUUUCUUACAACUUCGCCGUUUUCGGUUUAGGACCGUACGGUCCAUACUGGCGCGAGCUUCGAAAGAUCGUAACGCUAGAGCUACUCUCGAACCGCCGCAUAGAGCUACUAGGCCACGUUCGCGUCUCUGAAGUUCAAGCUUCCAUUAACGAGCUCUAUAGUCUUUGGUCCAGAAAGAAAAACAAGGAGUCUUAUAACUCUGAUGAUGACGGUUAUGUGUCGGUGGAGAUGAAAGAAUGGUUUUCGCAACUGACCUUCAACACGGUUCUUAGAAUGAUUGCUGGAAAGAGAUACUUUGGUGGUGCUACCGCGGAUGCUGUGUCGGCGGCCGGCGGCGAGGAAAAGGCGAAGAAGUGUUUAAAAUUAAUUGAAGAUUUUAUGCAUCUUUUGGGGUUAUUUACUGUGGGAGACGCUAUUCCUGCGCUCAGGUGGAUGGAUUUGGGAGGCCAUGAGAGAGCCAUGAAAAGAACUGCUAAGGAAUUGGACAGUGUUUUGAAUGAAUGGUUAGAGGAGCAUAGAAGAAGUUUCGGUGAAAAGGCUACCAGUGAACGUGACUUCAUGGAUGUUAUGAUUUCCAUUAUCGGAGAAAAAAAGAUUCAUGGGUUUGAUGCUGAUACUAUAAUUAAAGCCACAACAAUGGCAAUGAUCGUGGGAGGAACUGAUACAACUGGUGUUACUCUUACAUGGGCACUAAGUUUGUUAUUAAGAAAUCCUCGUACACUAAAAAAAGUAAAAGAAGAACUCGAUAGUCAAAUUGGAAAAGAGAGAUGCAUAACAGAGUCAGAUUUAAACAAAUUGGUGUAUCUUCAAGCCAUAGUGAAAGAGACACUAAGAUUAUAUCCAGCAGGUCCUCUUGGAGGACCACGUGAAUUCACAGAGAGUUGCACUUUAGGUGGAUUUUAUGUUAAAAAAGGAUCUCGACUAAUUACAAAUAUAUGGAAGAUUCAAACUGAUCCUAGUAUUUGGUCAGAUCCCUUGGAAUUCAAGCCAGAGAGGUUCCUCACAACUCACAGAGACACAGACCUUAAGGGUCAGCAUUUCGAGUUUUUGCCAUUUGGAAGUGGUAGAAGGAUGUGUCCUGGAAUGUUGUUUGCACUUCAAAUGGUUCACUUUGCUUUGGCCAGGUUCUUGCACUCGUUUGAGAUUUUGAAACCAUCUUCUGAUGAAGCAAUUGAUAUGACUGGUAUCCUUGGACUGUCUUAUGCUAAAGCUACUCCAAUUGAGAUUCUCAUCAAGCCAUGUUUGGCUCAAGCUUGUUAUGAAACCAUGUAAUCUUUAGUACUUAGUAGUAUAUGCCGGUGUUCGUGUGGUACAACUAUAUGAAGCUAUGAAGUAUAGUGCAGAAGAUUUGAUUUGGAUUCCAGAAAAUGAUCUGAUACCAGACAAUGUUAUAGCCUACACCUUAGCUUGUGAAGUUGGAUGAUGAUCUAUUGAAAUAUCUUAGUGUGGUUAGUGGUCUAAUAAGUAGUAAGUGCUUUUGGUUAUGUUUGUUAAAUUUUGGAUUGACUUUAUAUUGAGUUAAUAUGAUUGUACUCUAUCAUAUUACUAUUAUACUCCA